AUUCUAUACAAUGAAGUAUCACUUCGAUAACACAGAGUAGGAGUUUUGUACAAAAUGUAACCCAAGUACAUAUCGCUACCUUAGAAGAAAAUCGGCACAACUCAAAAAAUGCUGAUUUUUCGCUCAUGUCAUCAACAAAACGAGAAAGUGGAAUACUUUUAUGUGGAAGAGUGUCACAAACGUAACUGGCAUUAUUUGUCCACUAGAGAGCAGUUAUGACAGUGAUGCAUUAACAGAACCUAUACCAACAAUUGGAAAAAGAGUGUCGCAUUGUCAGUUGUGCAGAAGCUUUCGGCCAGUGCUCAUGCGGAUGUUGGAAGAAAAGAGUCACAUUUUGAAUAGUGCUUGUGUUCUCCAUGUGAAAUUGCAAUGUCAGCUAGUUCAUGAAGUCCACUAAUUGUCAUGUUAGCUGUCAAACGAAAUGAUCAAAAUGCUACAAUUAGGGAGCUUCAACAUCCAAACAAUUCUGAAGAAAAUGUACAGCAUAUUAUGACCAGCUCUCAAGCUGUUCCAAUACACUGUGGUGAUACUGAGGUUUUACAAGGCAGAAGCGUUUUGAAUGAUUCUGGUGAUCAGAAUGAUAACAACCUCAGCAGAUACACAUCUGCUAAAAACGAUUGUAGUGAUCCAGGUGAAAACAGUACCUCCAUGUUUUUAAAGAGUGUUGCAGAUAGACUUUUUGAAGAUUUUGAUUCCGAUGACACAGAUGCUGACCCUAACUUUGUUGCCUAUUCUAGUGACUCAUCAUCCACUUCAAAUUCACAAUCUGCUCAAAGAAUUACAAAGUCUAAACAAGGGGGAAGAAAAGGUAAAAGUAAAGUGUUAUUCCCAUGUAAAUCUGAGAAUAAAACUCGAAAGACAAAGAGGAAUGUUGACAAAUGCAAAAAAAAAAAAAAAAAAAAAAAAACAAAAGCAAAAUUCUAAGGAAAUGUGGUAAAAUUAUAAGUCUACAAAGAAAAUACAAAAUGACAAUGGAACAAUUGAAAGGACUCUAGUAAUGAGAGAAAAUCAGAAAAUGAUGCCUCCAUGUGGGGAAAAGUGUCACCUUAGAUGUUCAAAAAAAUUUUCUGAUGAAGAGAGACAAAAUAUUUUUCAGGAUUACUGGAAAAUGGGAGACUUACAGAGGCAACAUGAUUACAUCACUAUUAACAUGACAACCACACAGCCAAGGAACCGCUAUCAGAAGGAAGAUAAUCGCCGCCGUCUUAACACUGCUUUUUAUUUUGAUCAUAAUAGUGAAAAAGCAAGAGUUUGUAAACAGUUUUUUACUGCUACUUUAGGUAUAAGCGGACAAAUGGUUAGAACUGUUGAGGAAUAGAGAAUUUCUGUUCAAGGAGGAGUUAUUUCCACGGAUUUACAGGGAAAACAUGGUAAACGACUGACUGUGUCAACAGAAAUAAAAUAAAACCUUAAAAAACGUAUCAGCUCAAUUCCAAAGAUUCCUAGUCACUACUGCCAUGCCAGAACUUCUAUAGAAUGCAUUGAAGGUUGUAAAACAAUAAGUGACCUUUAUGGAGAUUAAAAAUCUGUGUAAAGAAGAAAAGUUGGAGUAUGGUAAGUACCUCAUUUAUUACACAGUUUUUACCAAAGAAUUUAAUCUGGCUUUUUUUUACCCCAAAGAAGGAUCAGUGUGAGCUCUGCACCAAGUUUGAAAAUGCAUCUAAUAAAGAAAAAAAAAAAAAAAAUUUGCAGUGCGAUAUGAGAACCAUUUGAAAGAGAAAGAUCUGUCACAAAUUGAGAAAGAGAAAGAUAAGAAAUCUAGUAAUAUAGUAGCAGUGUAUGACUUACAAGCUGUAUUACCAUGUCUUGUGGGUGAUGCCUCAAUGUUUUACUACAUUUCCUAACUGAACAUUUCCAAUUUCACAAUUUUUCAGCUUAACACAAAUUACAUUAAUUGCUGUGUUUGGCACAAAGGACAAGCAAAUCAAGGUUCUGUUGAAAUUACUUCCUGUGUAUGACAUUAUUUAGAACAACUGCAUCAAGAAAGGGAUAAUGAGUCAUUUUUUAUUCAGAUAAGUGUGCCAGUCAAAAUAAAAAUAAAAACAUUAUUACUAUGUACUGUAAAGCCAUACUGACUUUCAAGUGGAUUAACGCCAUAAUGCACAAAUAUUUAAUCUCUGGGCAUACCCAAAAUGGGGAAGACAGUGUAUGUUCUAAUAUUGAGAAACAGAUCAGGAAAGCUUGAAAAUCUGGUCCUAUCUAUGUUUCUCAUCAUUAUGUAAGCCUAAUAAGGUCAGCAAAAAAAUCUGGCAUGCCAUAUAUUGUGCAUGAGCUUUGUUAUGAUGAUUUUUAUUACUUUCAAAAUUAAGGCAUGGAGAUCAAUAAAAGGAAUACUGACAAAGAAAUAUUCAAUAUUUCUGAAGUUAAGAUUUUUAGGGUCGACCAAGAUAAACAAAAUGAGUUGAUGUAUAAGAACUCUUAUAGUGAACAAGAUUUUAAAGUAGUAUUAUUAACCAAUAAUCAUAAAACAACUCAAUAACAAACAUCACAACUGACAAGCAGAAGAUGUGUCUGGCAAAAGCCUAUAAUGCUAAGAAAUGUGUAUCAGAUACUAAAAAGGCUGAACUGUUGCAGUUAAUACAUAAAAAUAUAGUUCCAAAAUUUUAUUUUGAUUUUUUUAAUAACUUGUAGGUUAAUUUUUCUGUGCUAACUAUUUUAUGUAAAAUGUAAAACAAACCAAAAA